AUGUCGUCCGCAAGAGGGCGCAUCUGUGCCUUCUGCCUGAAUUCCAGAAGCCCGUUCAGGCCGAUUCCUCGGCGGGCGAAUGCGAGUCCAAUCCGACCGUUCUCAGAAUCCCACCUCCGCCCUGCCUUCACUCCUCCCUCGCCCUCUUCUCUAGGCAAAGCUGCACCAGCCAGACAGUUCAAGAGAUUGAGAAAAUGGACUCGACGACUCGCCUACAUGACCCUCUUCGGAGCCGUCGCAUAUACCCUGGACCGGCAAUUCUACGCCUCCAGUUUGACCAGAUGCACUCGUACCUUUGCCCUCGGCUUGACCGUCGCGUUAGACUACAAGAUCAAUUUUCGAGAGAACCCCCCCUUUGCCGAUGACAUUGCAGAAGUCCACGCUCGCAGUGCAACCAAGCUUUUCAAUCUGCUGCGCACGAAUGGUGGUUUAUAUCUGAAGAUCGGCCAGGCCAUUGCCAUGCAGUCAGCCAUUCUGCCCCCGGAGUUCCAGAAGAUGUUCGCCAAGAUGUUCGAUGACGCUCCUCAAAAUGACUGGUCCGAGGUGCGGCAGGUCAUCAUGGAAGACUUUGGGGGACGGACUCCGGAAGAGGUCUUUGGAAUUUCCUUUGAUGGCGAUCCAGAGGGCGGUGUCAUGGAGAAGCAGGCGAGAGCAAGUGCCAGUGUUGCUCAGGUCCAUUGGGCAAGGCUAAAGGACGGCCGGGAGGUGGCGAUCAAGAUUCAGAAGAGGGAGAUUGCUCAACAGGUCGGUUGGGAUCUGUGGGCUUUCAAAGUUGUCACCAAAAUCUACACCUGGUGGUUCGAUCUGCCACUCUACUCCCUUGUUCCCUACAUUACCGAACGCCUGCAGCUCGAGUGUGAUUUCCAGAAUGAAGCCAUCAACUCGAGGAAAAUGGCCGAGUUUGUCCAGAGUGAACCUCGUCUCCGCGAUCGAGUUUACAUUCCUAAAGUCUACGACGACCUGACCACCAAACGGGUCAUGACCGCCGAGUGGAUUGAAGGGGUUCGUCUCUGGGACAAGGAUGCUAUCACUCGCCCGUGGCAAGGCGGAUGGAGGGCAGGCAGCCCUGGUAGCCACGGCACCCCUCUCGACCUACCCAACGCCCCCACCUCGAGUCAGCUGCAUCAAGCACGACCAUCUUACGAUACCGAAUUGAAGCCUGAUCGGUCCUACUGGAAAGGUUCGGACGGGAAAGGUGGCCUAGGAUUGGACCUGGGAGAAGUCAUGACCACUAUGGUUGACCUCUUCUCCGCCCAGAUGUUCCUCUGGGGAUGGGUUCACUGUGAUCCACACCCGGGUAACAUCUUCAUCCGACGACAACCCAGCGGUCGGUCCGAACUGGUCCUAAUCGACCAUGGCUUGUACAUUCACAUGAGUCCACAGUUCCGACACCAAUACUCGCUCUUCUGGAAAUCGCUCAUGACCUUUGACAACUCCACGCUAAAGGAGGUCGUCCAUCAAUGGGGCGUGACCAACCCGGAGGUCUUUGCUUCCGCCACGCUGAUGAAGCCCUACGAGGGCGGCGACAUGACGGUGUCGAGACGCAUCCAAGGAAUCUCACAAGCGGAGAAGAAAAAGCGACAGUACGAAAUGCAGCAAGCGAUGCGCAAAGGUAUCAAGGAAAUUUUGGGUGAUGAGACCAAGUGGCCUCGUGAGCUGAUCUUCAUUGGCCGCAAUAUGCGCAUCGUCCAAGGUAACAACCAGUUCCUCGGCAGCCCCGUCAACCGCAUCAAGAUCACCGGCAAUUGGGCGUCCAGGGCCCUCGCCGAGGACCGAGAGCUGUCUGUCUCGGAGCGCUGGAGGUAUUACGGCAGCCACAUCGUGUUCAAACUCGUUCUGUUCGCCUCCGAUGCCUUUUGGUGGUACAGCUGGUUGAAACAACGGUUUGGCAGAGGUCGGGGAAUGGAUGACGAGAUGGAGGUGCAGAUGCGCAGGAUGAUGAAGGACUACGGGGUCGAGAUGAACCAUUCCGUCUUUGAAGGUUGA